GCGUCAUUAUAUACUAUAACCACAACAGCUCCCAAGUGUGAUAUAAAGCCUGAAAGACUACACUGUGAAUCAAUUGCUUUCAUUUUACAUUAAUUCCUCGGAUGCAUAAAACGAAAAUGCAAGAGUUCAAGGAGACUACCACUGUCGACGAGGUUGCCGACGCCUUUGCGGAGCAUAUAAAAGGGAAAACAGUAUUAAUUACCGGAAUCAACAAGACCGGCCUCGGCGGAGAAGCUGCGAGAGCUAUUGCACGGAAGCAGCCAUCUUUAAUUAUUCUUGCCGGCCGAACCACUUCAAAGUUGCGAGAGGUAGAAGAAGAGAUUCGCGCAUUAGCGCCGUCCGUUAAAACUCGAUUGCUUGAAUUGGACCUCAACUCGCAGAAACAUGUCCGCCAAGCAGCUGCAGAGGUAAACAAAUACCCGGAACCAAUUGAGGUUCUCAUCAACAAUGCUGGUGUCAUGUUUCCGCCAUAUCAGCUCUCUGAUGAUGGCAUCGAGUCGACUUUUGCAAUUGAUCAUAUCGGGCAUUUCCUGUUCACCAACUUGAUCAUGCCAAGGAUUGUUGCUGCGGGCCCUGGAGCAAGAAUUAUUAAUAUCAGCAGUAGAGGUCAUCAAUUCAGUGACGUCUUUUUUGACGAUUGGAAUUUCAAUGACGGAAAAUCUUAUGACAAAAUGAAAGCAUAUGGUCAGGCGAAGACUGCGAAUAUCCUAUUCAGCCGAUCUCUUGCACAGAAAUUAAAGCGCAAAGGAAUUCUUUCGUUCAGUGUGCAUCCUGGCAAGAUCCUGCACACUGAACUGGGUCGGUUUAUGUCUAAAGAGAUGCUGGUGGCCUGGGGGAUUAUUGACAAGGAUGGAAACUUGCUUGAAACGCCUGGCAUGAUGAAUAAAACUUUGGCCCAAGGUGCCGCGACCCAUCUCGUUGCUGGAUUUGAUCCCAGCAUUGUCGAUCGGAGUGGCGAGUACCUCCAGGACUGUCACAUUGAGACAGACGAUAUUUCGCCUUAUGCCAAAAGCGAAGAGGGCGCGGAAAGGCUUUGGAAAUUGAGCGAAAAGCUGGUCGGACAGAAGUUUGAAUACUAAUAUCUGACACAAGAGGAGUAAUGAGUAAGUGCAUUUGAUAACGUAUAAUGUGGCGAGAAGAAUUGAUGCUUCAAAUAAUGCGGAGGAGCUGCAGAUUGAAAAUAAUACUCCUAUCCCCUC